CUGACUUUUCGUAUCGGAGGCUUUUACGCGCGAAAUAUUUACAUGGCAAUGUAGUGGUCGUCUAAUAAACUUAUUCGUUUUCAAGAAGCAUGACGAUUUGAAAUGAAUUCUAUGGGAGUAACCAGACAAUAAUAGUCCUCCGGGCAAUUAAACAAUCCGUUCACUCUUGGGUCAGGGGUCCAACGUGUUUGUGUUUUCCUAAUUUUAAGUGAGGGUAAUGAGUGAUGUGGAUUAAAAUGGCGAUGUUCGAAGGGAUUUGUGUGUUUUGGGAGAAUAUUUUAACCUGUGCCAAAGGAAUUAAACAGGAACUACAUAAAUUCUACAUUGAUAUACCACUUUGGUUGGAACGUAAAAGCGUGUCGGUCUAAUAUCAAGAGCUAUCUCCAACAAUACUCGUUCUUUCUUGUAUGUCGACGUAGUGCACAAUACCAUCGAUACUCAAAAACGCGAGGAAACGUAACGUUAAGAGUAACGUAAGGUGAAACGUAACUACCCGUGAUGAGACUUGCGGUGCUAGGAGCCACGGGCCGCACAGGGAUACUCGUUGUGAGGGAGGCGCUGGCGAGAGGCCACGAGGUCACCGCGGUGGUCAGAAAUCCAGACAAACUGACGGACAAACACGAUAACCUUCAGGUUGUAGCAGCGGACAUUUUCGACUCCAGCUCGAUGGUUCCCCAUUUCAAGGGCCGCGAUGCAGUUUUGUCCUGUCUAGGAUGUGGACCAAGCUUCUUAAGCAUGCGGAAGGUCACUUUCUUCACCGACUUGAUCCGGCCAAUGGUGGACGCCAUGAGAGAGGUCAAGGUCACCCGUCUCGUCUUCAUGUCGUCAUGGUACACCAAGUACAAUUCAGCCGACCCUUUCAUUGUCAACUGGGUCCUAAAGCCCCUACUUCUCGGCCAGAGUUUACAUAACAAAGCUGAAAUGGAAGACUUUCUUGAGACGGAUUGCCUGGAUAUCCGCUACACACUUGUCCGCCCGCCUCAGCUCACAGACAGCGAACCCACUGGUAAACCUGUGUUGUGCAUGGAAGGACAGAGCAUCAAGUCUGCAGAGAGGAAGCGGUUUACCUGUUGCCGGAAGGACGUCGCUAAGUUCAUGAUAGAUAUAACGGAGAAGGACGAACAUAUCCGAAAAUCUAUGGCUAUUGCUUCAGGAUGACGUCACAUGACAUUAAUACCAAUUUAUUUGAUGAUUCUGAUCUUUUAAUAUCUGUUAUGAAUAGUCUAACCCGUCUAGCCAUAAAUAUGGAGAGAACGGUUUUACAUUUUACAUUGUGUGUAUCAUGAGUUAUCUUUAUCAUGCAAUGGCGUAUUAUGAUUUUCAUCAUGAUCAAUCAAAUCUUCACGUAUGUAUUUGUGCACGCUGAAAACGA